AUGCGGAAGGGUAGAUUACUGUCAGCGAUACAGGUCCUGAUCUUCUUUUCAUUUUUCACAUAUGUUAGUGGUGGUUGGCGAGAUAUUUUCCCGAAACGGGGUACCGUGUUGUUAUCGGAAUCCAGUUCAGUGUCUAUAUCAGACACAUCACACAGGACUGUAGCUGGUGUACCGAUACUUGAUCAUAAGACAAUAGUACGACAGAGACCUACAUCUGUCACGAGAGAAGCUUCUGCAAAGCUCUAUAGGAAGCCAGCAUCUGCAACAACAAUAGCAUCAACGGCAUCUGCCAUAAAAAAUGAAGGUGCAGGAUCUGAGGAGAAGUCCAAAAUGAAAGUUAAAGUCACUCCAGUUGGCUGGGGUGGUUCAUCGAAGGUUUCACGGGAGGAAGUGAUAGUAAACGAUAAAGCCAACUCAUUGAUUGCCAUAAGUGGGAACAUCCGUGAUCUUUCCGCUUUAAAGCUAUCUGAUAUAUUAAUAGCCACAGAUAUUGAGGGUGGUUUGCACGGAAUUGAUAGAGCAAGCGGGAGGCUACUUUGGUCUAUUGACCGUCCUGAACUGCCCCCUUUACUGGAAAUACGGCAUCCUUCGUCUAUUGUAAACGAAACGUUGAUCGUGGAGCCAUAUGGGGACGGAAAUGUGUUUUAUUUUAAUCCAUACCAAGGACUUCAAAAAUUACCAGUAUCAAUAAAACAUCUCGUUGAGGCUUCACCACUCAGCAUCAAAUCCAAAAUCGUGGUAGAUGAUUUAGGAACUGUAAUAGAAGACGAAAAGAUUUAUACCGGUUCGAGGAGAACGGACCUUUACACCAUAGAUACAGUCACCGGUGAAAUCAUAUCUGCAUUUGGACCUGGAACGGAAAACAAGGUCUACAACAAGGAUAAAGUCGAAUGUACGGGUUAUUUAGGGACCAACGAAUGUGAAAAUAUAGUGGUUAUAGGGAAAACUAACUACGAGUUGACCAUACACUCGAAUGAACAAACUUUGUACAAUGUCAAAUAUUCGCAAUGGCAGCAUAAUACUCUAGUAAACCAUUUAGCAUCUCAGAAUUUGGUAUCAAGAGAUGGGGUUUACAUUGCUCCAUUCAAAGAUAAAUCUUUAGUGGCUAUUGAUACCGAUUUUAACCUAGCGAAGUGGGUAUGCCCGAACUUACCAGCUAUUAUCAAUAAUGUCUUUGACAUUUAUAUUGACUAUUCCACUGAAGAAAAAGUCUUAUUGCCACAUCCUCAUCAGAUAGUGAAUGACAUUGAUGAUGUUGCUGAGGAAGAUUUUCAAGUUUACGUUGAUUUAACAGAAGAUGGCACCUGGUUUGCUUUAUCCAGUGAUUACUUCUCUUCAUUAGUCAAUGCUGCCCCCACUUCGAAGUUCUCACUAAAUUCAAGAUGGCGCCAACCUGAAAUAUUCCAUGAUCCAUUACUUCUCAGAAUGUCUAUAAUUGGUGUUCAUCACUUGAACCUCCAACAAUACAGAAAAGUUCUGAUUAAUAACGAACCUUAUUCCACAGUUCCUUCUCUGCCUUCUGGACCGGAGUCAAAUUAUCCUCCUGCAUUACCUGGUGUUUCUCCAUCUGAGGACCUUUCCAAGAGCAUUGGAAAAUACAUUUCCCCUGAAGAACUGCAAAGGAUACAAGAACAAUUAGCAAAAACAAUCAACGAGGAACAGAAUAGUUUAACAAACAGGAUAUCAAAUUCUAUCAUUAGAAUUGUAGAAAGUGGCUUGAUGAUGGUACUUGCUGUAUUUCUGCUCUAUAUCUUGGCAUCCCUGAAUGUAAUACCACCGCUACACGUCCUCCUAACUGAAAUUGGCAUAUUACCGAAGGUACAAAUACCCACGCAAGAAGUGAAGAUAGACACGGCAAUUUCACACAAGGUUAACACCAAUGAUAUCGGUAAAGAAUUAUCAGAGAAGAAUACUGGGAACCAGGACCUUCCUUUCGAUCAAAAUGAAGGCGUUUCUUCGGAAACUGGAACAGGUGAUUUUGAAGCUGAGAACUCGGAAGAAAAGAAGAAGCGGAAAAGAGGUUCCCGUGGUGGCAAGAAGAAUAAAAAGACUAGUAAAUUAGAUGAUGAUGGACCUAUGUUGGAUUUCAAAGAGUUCGAACAGGAAGGUCACUUAAAGCAUUUGUCAAUCUCGAGCAGAGUUUUGGGAUAUGGGUCCUCUGGUACAGUAGUUUUCCAAGGUAAAUUCCAGAACAGACCUGUAGCUGUUAAAAGGCUGCUAAUCGAUUUCUACGAUAUAGCUUCAAAAGAGAUUCAACUCCUCUCUGAAAGUGAUGACCAUCCUAAUGUGAUUCGCUAUUACUUUUCUGAAUCUACUGAGAAGUUUAUGUACAUUGCAGUUGAACUUUGUUCUGCAUCUUUAGAAGAUGUGAUAGAAGGAUCAAAAGGCCUCGCUAAGAAUGUGGCAGUACAAAAAAAUAUUGACCCAAUAAACGUGCUCUUUCAAAUUACCUCAGGUGUCAACCAUUUACAUUCCAUGAAAAUCGUUCAUAGAGACCUCAAACCACAGAAUAUCUUAAUUGCUCCGCCAAAGCGUUACUUAAGUUUACAUGCAUCAAAGAAUAAAUUUCGUGUACUGAUCUCUGAUUUUGGUUUAUGUAAAAAGUUGGAAAUUGACGAGUCGUCAUUCAGAACCAAUAACUUCAACAAUCCAACCGGUACAUCAGGAUGGAGAGCACCAGAAAUAAUUAGUGGCGAAGUUUCCCUUUCUGAGUCUUUUGCAAGCGAAACAUCCACUGUUUCAAAUAGCACAGAAACCGUGUCGUUAGAUGUUAAUCAUAUGGAUCUGGUAACUAAAAAACGUUUAACUCGCGCUGUGGACAUAUUCUCCUUGGGUUGCAUUUUUUAUUACGUCUUAUCGAAGGGUGAACAUCCAUUUGGUGAUAGAAUUCUCCGUGAAGCGAAUAUACUGAAAGGCGAUUACCGGUUAGAUGGUAUCAAAAAGUCGAUCCAGGAAAGGUCAGUUUGUAUAGAAGCAGCUGAUCUUAUUAAAAGCAUGUUAGAGCAAAAUCCUCUUCUCAGACCUGCAUCCGAUGAGAUUCUCAAGCAUCCUCUUUUCUGGGGUGUCUCCAAAAAGCUAGAAUUCCUAUUAAAGGUUAGUGACAGGUUUGAAGUGGAAAGAAGAGACCCUCCUAGCCCGUUGCUUCUCAAAUUGGAGGAAGUUUCUGCGAAAGUCAUCACGACUGGUGAUUGGUCAAUGAAAUUCGAUGCCGUUUUCAUGGAAAAUCUCGGCAAAUAUAGAAAGUACAAAGGAGAAAAGUUGAUGGACCUACUCAGAGCCCUUAGAAAUAAGUAUCACCAUUUUAGGGACUUACCGGAUGAACUUGCUGAAGUGAUGGGCCCCAUUCCUGAUGGCUUCUACAAAUAUUUCAUACAAAGAUUCCCUAACCUUCUCAUGGAGAUAUAUUACGUCGUGGAUAGAAAUUUGAAAGAUGAUCAGGUUCUAAGUGAAUUUUUCUGA